UCCAUGUUGUGAGUGAAAGGUCAUUUUGAAGGAAGACAACCCGAAGGAGGCACUAUGAUGGGCAGCAUCGAGGGACUUGAGAGGUUUGACAGUCCUGGUAAAGGCCGAGGUCUCCGCGUUACCAGACCCUUUAAAGUUGGAGAGUUGCUGUUUUCCAGCCCGGCGUACUCUUUUGUGCUGUCACUAUCAGAGAGAGGCUGCUACUGCGAGUUCUGCUUUACCAGGAAAGAGGGCUUGGCAAGAUGUGGAAAGUGCAAGAAAGCCUUCUACUGCGGUGUGAAAUGCCAGAAAGGGGACUGGGCCAUGCACAAGCUGGAAUGCUCUGCAAUGACUGCAUUCGGAGAGAACUGGUGCCCGUCAGAGAUGUCCCGCCUGGUGGCCCGGAUCCUCGCCAAGAAGAAAAUGCAGAAAGAAAGAUGUGCUUCUGAGAGGAUCUUGCUCAUAGAAGAGAUCCAAUCACACGUGGAGGAUGUAGACAAUGAGAAAAGAGAGAUGACUGAGUCAGAUAUUGCCGGACUGCAUCGCUUUUUCUCCAAACAUUUGGAGUUGCCCGACCAUAAAGACCUUCUCACACUCUUCUCCCAGGUUGCCUGUAAUGGUUUCACUAUAGAGGAUGAUGAACUGUCCCACAUGGGUACUGCAAUCUACCCAGAUGUGGCACUGAUAAACCACAGCUGUCUUCCCAGUGUCAUAGUCACAUAUAAGGGGACGUCUGCUGAGGUUCGAGCAGUGAAGAACAUGAAUCCUGGAGAUGAAGUGCUCAUCAGCUACAUAGAUCUCCUCUAUCCAACAGACGACCGUAACAACAGGCUGAGAGAGUUCUAUUAUUUCACCUGUCAAUGCCAGGAAUGCAAAACCAAGUCCAGUGACAAGGCAAAGUUGAAAGUGCGUAAGCAGAGUGACCCCAUCGAGCAAGAGGUCAUCAGCAACAUGGUGCGCUAUGCCAGGAAAACCAUCAGAGAGUUCCGGGCCCUCAAACGCAUAAAAACCCCUAGUGAGUUGCUGGAGAUGUGUGAACAGAGCCUGGAUGAGAUGGGUGCUGUCUUUGAUGACGCCAAUGUCUACAUGCUUCACAUGAUGUACCAGGCCAUGGGGGUUUGUCUCUACAUGCAAGAUCCAGACGGAGCUAUCAGAUACGGCGAGAAGAUCAUCAAACCUUACAGCAAGCUGUAUCCACCCUACUCUUUGAAUGUGUCCUCCAUGUACCUCAAGUUGGGCAGACUGUACAUGGGGCUGGAGAGGUACUCAGUGGGCAUCAGCGCUCUCAAGAAGGCAAUGGCCAUAAUGGAAGUGGCUCAUGGGAGGGAUCACCUCUACUUGACAGAGUUGCACAAAGAGAUGACACGAAAAUGAUGAGAAAGGAAAGAAAUGAUGUUGAACACAGCUGAUCCGAAGCGACUGCAAACACUCCUUUGAUUAGGAGCUUCACAGAACUGAAGAAACAUUCUACUCUUUUUGAUACUGAAGCAAAGAUAGAGAGCAUUCAUGGUUUUUAUGCAAAGUUUUGUGCAACAAAAAUAUUUUUGGAUAUUAAACUUUUUACAACAGUGUGAUGUAUGCAAGAACCUAUUAGUUUGUUGGAUGCAGGAUACUUUUGUACCAAGCGUGCAUUUAAUGUUCAGUUAUAUGCAAAUGUGAAAGUCUGACAUUGUAAACAGUGCUUUUUACUCAUGUUGACCAUAA